AUGCCUAGUAUUCAGCAUAGCCUGGACACCACGGGGGCCCCUCACGGUGAUGGGGCGUCUUCCAGCCAAGAUUAUGUGGACCCAAAGGAACAGCUCGUGGCAAGAGUAUCGGCUGAAUACAAAUCAUUCACCGAGAAUGCGGAGGGUGGAGAAGACAUUGAGGACAUAGAUGCUCUUAUCGACGAGCUCGAGUCCAUAGACGGCAACCUCGAUUUCAAUGACAUUGGACAAGAUGAAAAAAGCAAAACCUGUUGUAUCUCGGAGGAACUGCUUCAGACAGACCCCAGUACAGGUCUUACCGAGCCCGAGGUGUUACUCCGUCGAAAGAAGUAUGGAUUCAAUCAGAUGAAAGAACAAAAAGAAAACUUAGUCCUCAAGUUUCUCUCAUACUUCGUUGGUCCUGUUCAAUUUGUGAUGGAGGCAGCUGCAAUUCUAGCAGUUGGUCUCCGAGACUGGGUUGACUUCGGUGUUAUUUGUGCUCUACUGAUACUCAACGCAUCUGUCGGUUUUAUUCAAGAGUUUCAGGCUGGAUCUAUUGUAGAUGAACUGAAGAAAACGUUGGCCCUCAAAGCUGUCGUACUGCGCAACAGUCACCUUGCCGAAGUCGAUGCUUCAGAUGUGGUGCCCGGAGAUAUACUAGAAAUCGAAGAGGGCACCAUAAUCCCCGCAGAUGGUCGGGUCUUGACGAGUAGCGUCCUUCAAGUGGACCAGUCUGGAAUCACCGGUGAAUCUUUUGCUGUUGACAAAACCGACGGAGACACCUGUUAUUCAUCGUCGGCUGUGAAGCAUGGUCAAGCCCGUCUUGUUGUCACUGCUACUGGCGACUAUACCUUCGUAGGGCGUGCCGCUGCCCUGGUUAGUGCCGCCACCUCCGGGACAGGACAUUUUACUGAAGUUUUGAACGGUAUCAGUAUUGUCUUGCUUGUACUCGUUAUAAUGACUCUCCUCGUCGUUUGGGUAUCAUCCUUUUACCGCUCGAAUGGUAUCGUCACCAUCUUGGAGUUUACCUUGGCCAUUACUAUGAUCGGUGUGCCUGUCGGCCUGCCUGCUGUGGUAACUACAACAAUGGCAGUGGGGGCAGCUUAUCUAGCCAAGAAGAAGGCCAUUGUCCAAAGGCUUUCCGCAAUCGAGUCACUGGCUGGUGUUGAGAUACUGUGCUCCGACAAGACUGGUACAUUAACAAGGAAUAAGCUGUCUUUGGCGGAGCCCUACACUGUUCCCGGUGUGAACUCAGAGGAUCUAAUGCUCACAGCUUGUUUGGCCUCUUCGCGAAAGAAGAAGGGUAUGGACCCUAUUGACAGAGCUUUCCUAAAAGCGCUCAAGGGUUAUCCAGAGGCGAAAUAUGCGCUCACACAGUAUAAAAAGCUCGAAUUCUUCCCAUUUGACCCAGUGUCAAAGAAAGUCAUAGCCAUAGUGCAGUCUCCCCAGGGCGAGCGAAUCAUUUGCAUGAAAGGAGCUCCUAUUUUUGUGCUAAGGACAGUCAAAAAGGACCACCCGAUACCAGAGGAGGUAGAGGUGGCCUAUAUGAAUAGAGUGGCAGACUUUGCAGUACGUGGUUUUCGCUCACUCGGUGUUGCUCGAAAGCGCAGUGAACGUGAAUGGGAAAUACUUGGCAUAAUGCCAUGCUCAGAUCCUCCUCGACAUGAUACUGCAAAGACCAUACAUGAAGCCAAGUCGCUCGGCCUGUCAAUCAAGAUGCUCACUGGCGAUGCAGUCGGGAUUGCCCGUGAGACGUCGCGUCAACUUGGACUGGGCACAAAUGUGUAUAACGCCGAACGCCUCGGCCUCGGUGGAAAAGGAACAAUGCCUGGGUCUCAGGUUUAUGACUUCGUCGAAGCCGCCGAUGGAUUCGCUGAAGUCUUCCCUCAACACAAGUAUAAUGUUGUUGAUAUCCUUCAGCAACGAGGCUACCUAGUGGCAAUGACUGGCGAUGGUGUCAACGACGCUCCAUCGCUGAAGAAAGCCGACGCCGGGAUUGCAGUUGAGGGCUCCUCAGACGCAGCCCGUACUGCAGCUGAUAUAGUUUUUCUAGCACCUGGUCUAUCUGCCAUUAUUGAUGCUUUGAAAACAUCCCGUCAAAUAUUUCAUCGUAUGCACGCUUAUGUGGUGUAUCGAAUUGCACUGUCCCUGCACCUCGAGAUAUUUUUGGGACUCUGGAUAGCCAUUAUGAACGAAAGUUUGAACAUACAGCUUGUGGUUUUUAUUGCUAUAUUUGCCGACAUUGCCACGUUGGCUAUAGCUUAUGACAAAGCGCCCUAUUCGAAAACACCUGUGAAGUGGAACCUGCCUAGGCUAUGGGGAAUGUCCGUCCUACUUGGGAUUGUUCUAGCGAUAGGCACUUGGGUCACGCUAUCCACCAUGCUGUCCGGUGGUGAACAGGGAGGGAUCGUGCAAAACUUUGGAAAACGAGAUGAAGUCUUGUUCCUAGAAAUCUCGCUAACUGAGAAUUGGCUUAUCUUUAUCACACGUGCGGAAGGCCCCUUCUGGUCCUCAGUCCCUUCCUGGCAGCUUAUGGGAGCUAUCCUGGUAGUAGACCUGGUGGCAACCUUCUUUUGCCUAUUUGGAUGGUUUGUCGGAGGUCAGACCUCUAUCGUCACCGUCGUCCGUACAUGGGUAUUCUCAAUCGGUGUGUUCUGCGUGAUGGGUGGUUUAUAUUACCUGUUACAGGACUCCAAGGGCUUUGACAAUAUCAUGAAUGGGAGAUGGCCCAGAAGCAAAGCUUCUAGACAACGACAGAAAGAAGACUUCGGUAAGGUUUCUCUUCAUUUACUAUUCUUACUUUGA